CGAGCGCAGGGGCAGUGAGCUUCGUUGCGUGCGAUGAGACAAAUCGGGGUGUUUGGGGGCUCCACAGCCCUGUGGGCGCUGCUGACCGCCCACGUGGCGGCGGCGUUUGAGCCCGUGAGCGUGGGCAUCGCCAUCGGGGCUGUGUCGGCGCUCACCGGCUACCUGUCCUAUACCGACUUUUACUGCCGCUUCACCGAGUGCUGCCACGAGGACCGGCCCCUCAACACAUCCGCCCUCAAGCUGGACUUGGAAGAGAAGCUGUUUGGACAGCACCUUGCCACCGAAGUGAUUCUCAAGGCAUUGACUGGCUUCAGGAACAACAAAAAUCCCAAGAAACCACUGACUCUGUCCUUGCACGGCUGGGCUGGCACGGGCAAGAAUUUUGUCAGCCAGAUUGUGGCUGAAAACCUUUAUCCAAAAGGCCUGAAGAGUAACUUUGUCCACCUGUUCGUCUCUACUCUGCACUUCCCUCAUGAGCAGAAGAUAAAACUGUACCAGGACCAGCUCCAGAAGUGGAUCCGAGGCAAUGUGAGUGCGUGUGGCAGCUCGGUCUUCAUCUUCGAUGAGAUGGAUAAGUUGCAUCCUGGGAUCAUUGAUGCAAUCAAGCCCUUCCUGGACUACUAUGAGCAGGUGGAUGGGAUUUCCUAUCGCAAAGCCAUCUUCAUCUUCCUCAGCAAUGCAGGAGGGGACCUGAUAACUAAGACGGCCCUGGACUUCUGGCGGGCAGGAAGAAAAAGGGAGGAGAUCCAGCUGAAGGACCUAGAGCCUGUGCUGUCUGUGGGUGUCUUCAACAACAAGCACAGUGGCCUGUGGCACAGCGGGCUGAUAGACAGAAACCUCAUCGACUACUUUAUCCCCUUCCUGCCCUUGGAGUACAAACACGUGAAGAUGUGCGUGCGGGCGGAGAUGAGGGCCCGAGGGGCUGCUGUCGAUGAGGAUAUCGUCACCAGUGUGGCAGAUGAAAUGACCUUCUUCCCCAAGGAUGAGAAGAUCUACUCGGACAAGGGCUGUAAGACCGUGCAGUCACGGCUGGAUUUCCACUGAGCUCUUCGCCCAGGGGAGCUUCCCACCUCCACCAGGGCCCUGCCAUGGAGAAGCACUUUGAAGCUUUGGGGCUUUGCACAUUUGCACCUGUGGACUUGGGAUGCUGUCAGUGCAGCAUCUGAAGAUGAACUUUUACAACUCUCACACUGUUACUGUGAAUCAAGUGCCUAAAGAACGUCUGAAUGCAGGCCAAAGGUCCUGUGUGGCCAAUAGCACCCAUGCCUCAGAUGCCACUAAUGGGCCUGCAGGGGCAGCAUCUUCGGGGAAGCAGGGUUUCCUGCCAAGAGUUCCCACUGUGCUGGUUUUUUGUUUUGUUUUUUUGCCUUGAGCUGGUACUCACAGUUUUCAGAAGCUGGUGGCACUGACAGGUGCUCGAUAUUGGAGGGGAGCAUGUGGGCUUGACCUUGGCUGAACUGUCAGCAUGAGUAGUGGGCCUCCCUCUGAGGCCCCUGGAGCACACUGGGACACACAGAGCCUUUGAGUUUAUACCUUAUGUUCGCUGCUGCUCACAGCCCUGGCUGUGGAAUUCUCUCUCCUGUCUCCCACUGUGUGGGGUCACAGCCUGCCUUGCACCUUCCCUAUCAACUGUUAGAUUCACCCCAGCCUCAUGCUUGCUUGCAUCAGGAUGAGCUGUCAUUUUUGAGGGAAGUCUUUGGUCCCUGCUUGCCUGUUACACUUGCUCUGAAGGUCAAGUUCUGAUUUGCAGAACAUGCAUAGGAAGAGAAGCUCUAGUCUGGGGCUGACCUGGCCAUGGGGUUGGAAUGUGUCUGCCGCACACUAGAGAUGCCAGGUUUUGGGGGGGUUUUUUUUGUUUUGUUUCUUUGUUUUUGGACACGCACAUAUUUAAAAUUUAUGUUUUUACUUCUAAAGCUUAGGUAAUAAAUGUAAGAUGUCAAACAUUUUAAAACCUAGGAAGUGCCACGAAUGCAGGUGCACGCCUUUAAUCCCAGCACUUGGGAGGCAGAGGCAGGUGGAUCUCUGGGAGUUCGAGCCCAGCCUGGUCUACUGAGUGAGCCAAGACUACACAGAG